AACGCCGACCGAUUACGAUGAUGACGUCAUCAGAGUGAGACACUUUGUUGUCAUUAUGUCGGCGAUAGAUUUCAGAGACAACCUUCUCGGGAUUUCCUGGGUGGACAGUGGCUGGGUGCCCAUUCUUAAUCCUGGAAAUGUACUCGACUAUUUUUCUGAGAGAAGCAACCCUUUCUAUGAUCGUACCUGUAAUAAUGAGGUAGUGAAGAUGCAGCGUCUCACUCUGGAGCACUUAAAUCAGAUGGUUGGAGUGGAGUAUAUUCUCCUUCAUGCUCAGGAGCCAAUUCUUUACAUAAUUCGUAAGCAACAGAGACAGUCACCAACACAGGUGAUACCUUUGGCUGACUACUACAUCAUAGCAGGAGUGGUGUAUCAGGCUCCAGACCUGGGGACUGUCAUCAGCUCUAGAGCGCUUUCUGCAGUUCAUGGAAUCCAGUCAGCAUUUGAUGAGGCCAUGUCAUAUUGCCGCUACCACCCAUCUAAAGGAUACUGGUGGCACUUUAAGGACCAGGAGGAGAGAGAAAAAGUAAAGCCAAAGACAAAGAAAAAAGAAGAGCCCAGUUCAUUGUUUCAGAGACAUCGUGUAGACACACUGCUUUUGGACCUCAGGUCAAAAUUUCCUCCAACAUUUUAUCAGCCCAAGCCUGGUGAUAAACCCAUUCCAGUUGAGGUGAAAAAGGAACCUGAACCUCCAGCAGAAACUGUGAGACAAGAGGAGAGGGAACCUGCCACUAAAUCCUCUGCCCCAGCUCCACCAAGUAAACCUCCUCCUGAGAAGAGAGCAAGGCUCCAGUGAAGAACACAUCUGACACACUGUGAACAUGGAGAAAUAUUGGAAGUCUUAUUAUACCCUUCCAUUGUCUAAUUUCUUUUGUUUCAGUUAAGAUGAAAAAAGGAAAAAGAUAAUUCUCCAAUUUGCUCAUUUUAUCUGUUUACAAGAACAAACCUGGUUUUCGUCAGUGACAGAACUACUUUUACGCUGUAACCAUAGUUCUGUGAACUCAUGACGUCUGGCAUUGUUGGUCAUUCGAGGCAGCUGCUCUUUAAACAGGUCAACCGUUUGAUGUCAGCAGGCUUUUGUUUUGGAUAUUGAUGAUUAGCUGAUCUCAGCUCCAGUGUCCAGUUACUGUUGACAUCAGCCAAUGUCUGUGAUCAAGUGACUUCAGAGAACACUUCAAGUUCUUCUGGUCUUUACAAAGAAUUGUCAUAAAAGGCGUUAUCUCAUCUAAAGGGCAAAUGUUAUUUCAACACAUUAGCAAACAUUAUAGUUGUAAUAAAUAAGCUUUCCUAAAAUGUUUUUGUAAUAAAAGGUAUCAACCCUUGUAAA